UUGCGGAGAAGACGUGCAGUGCAACGUUUCCGCUGGAACGCGAUCAACGGUUUCCCCAACCGGUUUCCUAUCCGGAACCAUAAUUUUAUCUAUUCCUUUUAUAUACGACAUCGUUGAGGAUGACAGAAUCAUCCCAUGACAGCAAAAAACACUCUGCCAAUCUCUCCGCACAAGAACAGAAAAAGAAGUCGUCAGCAAAGGUUCUGACCACUCUUUUUCCAAGGAUUCCGAAAGUGACCACAGUGCUGCUGGAGUUCUUCAUGAAGCGAGAGAGCAAAGUGUCGCUGAUGCGGGACCCGCUCUCCCACUUCUGCCAGGAGCAAGUAGUACUGGCCGCCCAGGAGUGCCACCAGAAGCUCAACCGCCAGGUGAUCACCUACCAGGACAUCCGGGACAUGAUUGAAAAUCUCAUUGGGCUACACAGCUUGUGCCUUAAAAAAGCUCCUGCAACGGCUAAAGAACUAGGGGCGACCAUUCGCAAACUCGCCAUUAUUGUAGGCGAGCUAGCCACGUCCCUGGAAAAAAUAUGCGAAGUCAGCGUCACCGACUGGAUGGCCAUUGGCGACGGAGUUGUCGCUAAGACGGAACAUGUAAAUAUGGAGGACAUCCAGCCAUAUACAACGUUCAUACCGAAAAUGAAAGAUUUCAAGCCACUGAAACUUCUUGGAGCCGGUGGAUUUGGAGCUGUGUACAAGGCUCAAUACGUGCCGGCAAAAUUCACCUGCACCGUGAAAUUGGUAGCCAUAGACCGAUUUUCGCGGCACAAGCAGGCAUGCAUCGACAAGGUGGUGGCAUCAGUUAUUCACAGCCCAUUUCUGGUCAAGUACUACUGUUGCUUUUGCGCCAAGGACUCCUACGUAACAAUGAUGGAGCUCGUUGCAGGGGUCGAUGUGAUGCGUGUGGUGACCAAGGCCAACUAUCUACCCAUCGAUCAAGUACAGAUCAUUAUGGCCCAACUCAUUUUGGCCCUGGAGCAUCUGCAUCUGCGCGGCUUUUUGCAUCGAGAUAUUAAAGUGUCCAACAUGCUCAUUGUACCUGGAGGACGCGUGAAGGUCAUUGAUUUCGAUACAAACAAGGUCUGCUUGGGACACUUUUCCAAGCGGCUGGUUAAGGGGUAUUUCGCGAGAACAGCUUUCGAGUUCCAUGAUGGCGAAUCUGCGGGAACCAUACCUUAUAUGGCUCCGGAAAUCUUGAAGCGAAGGCCAUACGGCCGUGCUUGUGACUGGUGGUCGACGGGGAUAGUAUUCUACAAGCUGAUGACCGGAAGAGUACCUUUCAGAGGGAAAAACAAGCAGCUGCUUAGAGACCGCAUAAUAGGAGCUCCUCUCAAAUGGCCCAGGGCCGAAGAACAUCCUCACUCUGCAACUUCAGAAUCGAAGGAUUACGUUUUCAAGCUGCUGCGGAAGAAUCCCAUAGAACGGCUCGGGUCUCGUCACUACCAAGAUCUGAAAGGCCACCCAUUUUUCUCUGGCUUUGACUGGAAAAUCCUCAGCAGCAAACCGUUUCUGUGCGACAUUCCAGCCAUCGUGGAAGUCAUGGGCGGUGGACCAGCCACCGACGAAGUCGGUAAAACAAUGAAGGAGUCGGCAAAACGGCAGAGGUCUCUGACCAAGCAAGGGAGUCGCAGUGACAAGGGCACGACUGAUAAAGGUCGAGCUGACAAGGGUGGCGAUAAAAGCCGACAAAAAGAAACAGAAGUGCAUCUAUCGGCUGGAGCGACCAGUGGUACGAAGAAGCGAAAGCUCCAGAAGAUCGAGGACAUGGUGGACAUGGAGCCCGAAUUACAGAAGCCACUUUACACGUAUGCCUCUGCUAGCUUCCGGAAGCUUGUCCUCACGCUGAAGAACAAGAAGCCCGUAGAAAUGGACGACAAUUUCAUGAAUACCAGUGGCGUGGACUCCUCAGAGCUGGACUACAGGAGGGUCUCGACUGCGGACAGUAUUCUGGGAGGUGGUGGUGCAAUGUCAGUUUUAAGCGACUCACAGACAGCGCGGUCGUCGGAGAAGCUGGAUGUUAUUUUGUUCCGCCGCAAGAGCAUGGGGAAGUUUUGGGGCUUCGGAGUUGGUCUCGAGAGGGUCGAGGGCGAAGGCGGCAGACACUUCUACAUGGUUGAGAGCGUAAAACGCGGAAGUCCCGCCCAACGAUCUCAGCUCCUGCAAGGCGACAUAGUAGUUGCUGUUAAUGGGACUUCUACCAGCAAGUUACCGCUUUCUCAGGUUAGGAAACUUCUCAACUCGUCCGGGGAUCAGGUCAUUAUUACGGUGCUCUCGUCAAGCGUCUACCGCCUGCUCAACACACGGAGAGAUAUUCAGGACAUAAUUGCAUCGUGCCGUCAUGAGACGAUGACAUUGAUGGCGGUUCGGGGCGGCUGCUUAGGGACAGGAACCAGUUUUGGUUUUGAGACCUGCGAAGUGAAGACUUACAACGAUCAGCAGAAGAGCCACAUCAGGUACCAUUUGGUAAAGAAGGUGUCUCAGCUGAGCGUGACUGCCACGGGGAAAUACAUUUACGUCGGUGACAUCGUUAUGCAGCUGGAUGGCCAGCCGGUGGACCACCUAACGCAAGCCACCCUGAAAGCCGCCCUCUCCAGAUACGGCUCGGAAUUGAAGAUAACCGUGGCCGCUAUUUCGCCUCUGCGACAGAAGAGGCAUUCGUACACCCGGAUGCACGAGACAGUCAUGUCCGAUACCAAUCUGGAAACUCCGUCAUCCAACGCUUUUCUCGAAGACAACAAAACCGGCGUAACGGGUGUAACUGGAAGAACAAUAGCAUAGUAUAAAAAUGUUUUGCAACGGA